UUGUCAUUUUUUUCAUAGGAACGAUUCAAACUUAUGUGAGGUGGUUCAAAAAUGAGAUUCAUAUCCUUGACAUUACUUAGCGUACUCAUUGUAAUAGCUAGUGCUAAUAGUUACGAUGGUAUCUUAGAGUCACUUUUGAAUGGAAAAAAUGACGAGCCAUCGGGAGGGGCAGGGACAAUUGUUGUGAAUUCCAAUGAACCAGGUAAUGAUGGUUCCAGGUUCAUACCCUCCUUGAAAUUUGUGACGUUGGACAAUUACGAUAAACUCGUCUCUGUUACACUGGCUCUAAGUUUAGCCACCGAACAUCAAAUGUUAGGUGAUCAGGUGUACCUAUACAAUUACAUAAGACAUAAAGGUGAUGCUGCAACUAUGAAGUUGACCAAUGACAGCAAAUUCACUAGAUUCCUCUGUGAUUUCUAUGGUAGUAUAAUAAACAUCGCUUCAGCAAAGUUUGCUGAGACUUCAACUAGACCGGAAUUGGCCGCUUAUUACCGGCAAUUGAAGUGCUUUACGUGAUAGCAAGAAUAGACA